CUACGCUCUUCCCUUAACACCCACACCCCUCUCACUCUCAUACCCAAUCUCAAUCUCUCUUUCUCUUUCUCUGCAUGAUAUAUACAUAUCUAUGCUUUACUCUACUUUACUUAUUAAUAUCACUUCUAGUACUACUACUACACAUCCAUAUUAUUAUUAUAAAAGCAAAACCCUAGCUAAGAACAAGAACACGAACAAGAACGAUAACAACUUCACCAGUAAGCUAAUCCCAGCCUCAGCAAGAUCUAAGGCAGAUCCAAGGGUUUAGACCAUACCAGAUCCAUGGAUUUGGUUUCGGAAUCAUCCAACGUUACAAAGCCCAGGUACAAGAUGGAGAGUCCAAGCCCAAGCCCGAGCGCGAAUCCAACGGCGGCAGCGUCGUCACCGUCUUCGGGUACUCCGAGCCGCUACGAGAACCAAAAGCGGCGAGACUGGAACACGUUCUGCCAGUACCUAAGGAACCACCGUCCUCCUCUCUCGCUGGCCCUGUGUAGCGGCGCGCACGUGCUGGAAUUCCUCCACUACCUGGACCAGUUCGGGAAAACGAAGGUUCACAACCACCCGUGCCCGUUUUUCGGUCUCCCGAACCCUCCGGCGGCCUGCCCCUGCCCGCUCCGCCAGGCCUGGGGCAGCCUGGACGCCCUCAUCGGCCGCCUCCGCGCCGCCUACGAGGAAAACGGCGGCAGGCCCGAGAGCAACCCCUUCGGCGCACGGGCCGUCAGGAUUUACCUCCGCGACGUUCGCGACUUUCAGGCCAAGGCCAGAGGUGUUAGCUACGAAAAGAAAAGAAAAAGGCCCAAGCCCAAGGUCACUCCCGCUCCUACUUAAUCAACAUUCCCACAAAACCUAUGUCUCACCACAUCCCACAGGUGCUUUUGUCUCUCUACCAACACCCUUCAGAUCACGCCCUUCAAAGAUAGUGGGAAUUUAGUGCCACCACCUCUCUUCCGUCUACUACUGCCUUCUCUACAAGAUAUCUUAUCAUAUUGCUUGUACUCAAAUUAAUACACUCUAUUUAUGAAGCAUGCACUUCAAUAUCUACCCUCUCCUCUA